CCCCUCCGCGCGCGCUAUCAGACGCGCUGCACCUGGAGCCGCUGCGCACGGUGGCGGAUGGGAGCGCUGCAGCGGUACUUCUAGGCAUGCACGUGGUGCAGCUGGAGGCCGAGGGCAGCGCGGACCUGCUGCACUUUGACACGGUCACAGGGACGGUGGACGCGGUGGUGGUGCGCAACCACAUCCGCCACAUCACCAUCACCAAGCGCCUCAAAGCUGACCCCACGGGAGCGGCGGGAGACGGUCUGCAGAGCUCCAUGAAGCGCCGCCGCCCGCUCUUCCAAUAUCGCUACUACAGCGAGCAGCAGCCGCUGAGGCUGAGCGAGGGCGAGAUGGAGGAGGUUAUGGCAGCCGUGUGCUCCGUGCCCGCCGCCACAGCAGGGGGGGGCGCGGGGGGCGCAGGUGCGCACGGGUCGGCGCGGCUGUCGUCGCCGGCGCACCACAUGGCACCACAGGUGGAGGCCGCUGACGUGGCGGCGUCCGUGCUCAUCAAGAUGCUCAUUGACAUGUAUCUUGUGGACCCUCGCUCAGCAGCGCCUCUUGCGCUCUCCAUGAUGCAUACUCUCCUCUCCUCCAGCAAGCCCACAGUGCGCGUGCGUGCAUUCGACCUGAUGGUGAACCUGGGCGUGCACGCGCACCUGCUGCACCCGCUGCCCGUGGAGGACGAGGCGGGGCAGGCGUACUCCUCCGAGGCUGACGCUGCUGAGGCGGAGAGGGGCGCCGUGAGGAGGGCCGAGGCCGUGACCAUGUUUGAGGAGUGGCUGCUGGGGCUGCUCUGCGACAUGGGGCUGUACCUGGUGCAGGUGGAGGAGAGCGAUGAGAGUGUGUGGGCAGCGGCGCUGAGCUGCCUGCUGUACCUCACGUGCGACCGGGGCCGGACUGUCUUCCACCGCCUAGCUCUGUUGGAUGUGCGGGUCCUGGCGUCGCUGUUGGAGGUGAGUGUGGUGCACGGGUGGGCGCAGGCGGUGCACACGCAUCUGGUGCGCAUGCUCACGUGCCUGCUCUACGCAGCACCGCACCACACCGCGCACCACGGCACGGCGCGGGAUGGGCGGGGGUUUGAGGCGGCGCGGGAUGGGCUGAGGCUCGAUGUGAAGCAGCUGGAACGAGUGGGGGGGGUGGCGUUCAUCUGCUGCCAUUACUCGGCGUCGCAGGAGGUGGAGGCGCGGCGCAAUCUCUUUGCGGUGGUCAUGGACUAUGUGGCGCUGCUGUGCCGCCUGCACCCCAUCUCCCAUGCUUCCUCCGACCCACCACCCUCCGACGCGGAGCUAGCAGCGGUGGUGGCAGCGCUGGUGGCAGCGGGGGCGCCAGAGGCGCUAAUGGUGGCGCUGAAGGCGCCAUCGCCCCCUGCGGGGGCCAUUGGGGCUGCGCUCGCGCGCACCAUCGCCGCGCCUCUGCCCCCCGACACCUCGGCUGCUGGCUUCUCCCUGCAGGCGCUGCAUCUAGUGACGGACAUGUUGGACGACCUCAUAGCGUCGCACCUGCGCCUGCCCCCCGAGUUCACGGCCAUGUUCCAGCGCACCCUCGCCAGCGACAGCCCCCCCGACCCCGCCCCCUCCCCGUCCGCCACUGCCGGCACUGCCAACGCCAGCAAUGGCAGCAGCAGCGGUGGCGGCAGCGGGGGUGCAGACGACACGGAGGUGGUUAAGGAGAGGGCGGCGUGGAGCACUCUCAGGGCCUUGCUGCACUCGCAGCGCGCUGUUGACCGCCGCAACGGGCUCACGUGGCUGCUGCACCUGCUGCUGCAGCAGCUGCCCAACCUCGCCCCCUACCAGCAGUCCCUGCUCGCGGACAGGGAGGACGGGCAGCAGCAGCGGCAGCAGCAGCAGCAACGGGGGGGGCGGGGAGGUCCCCUUAUGGCGGGGGGGGGGAGGGGGGGAGGGCGAAGAGCGGGCGUGUCUGGAGCAGUGCAGUUGAUGCUGGAGCUAGUGCGCUCAGACAACACGGCUGUAAGGCGCGGGUUUGUAACAGUGCUAGAGCAGCUGUUGCUGCUGCACGCUGCAGAGACCGAGCAGGAGUCCCGGGAAAGCCGUGCCGCUGCCCACGCCGCUGCAGCCGCUGCAGCAACGGCGCCCGAAGGCGCAAUGGGGAUGGAGGAGCGGCGCGCGGCGGAGGAGGCAGCAGCAGCCGCGUCAGCCGUGCAGCACCAGGGGGCGCAGGAUCUCCUAGCGGUGAUGAGCAGUGCUCUGUGGCAGGUGAUGUCGUGCAACGACAGCGACCGCGUGAACAUUCUCCAGAUGUGCUCCAUCAUGCUCUGGCAGCUCUGCGUCCCCAGGUUCCUCCCCACGGCAGAAGUCGUAGAACCCGGCAGCCCGGUGCCCAGCCCCGGUGGCAGCAGCUGGCUUGUGAACCCGCGCAUGGCAGCGGUGGCAGGAGGGGAAGGCGGGGGCGCCAUGAGCCCACCGUAUGUAGCAGAAGAGAGUGAGUCCAUGGCGCGGCUCUUUCUGCUACGCAGGGCCGCAGCAGCCAGGGAGCUGCUAGCCGCGCUGCCCACGGCGCUGCUGUACUGGCCGCUCAUGCAGCUGGCGCCCAGUGCUGGGGAUCCCAUAGCGCUCGCCACGGCGGUGGGGAGUCAUGGCAUUGUGGGGGCAGGGGGGGCGGUGGAUGUGCGUGUGGCGCUGCUGCUGCUGCUGAUUGGCAAGUGCAGCGACAGCAGUGAGGCGCUGGAGGAGGUUGGAGGGGACGCCUUCUUCCGGUCUCUGCUGGACGACCCUGACGCCCGCAUUGCGUACUGGAGCGCCGCCUUUCUCGUCAAGCGCAUGAUGUUGCAGCAGCCUGAUGUGUACCGCCGUGCUCUGCACCGCCUCAUCUUCACAGCGCAGCAGACCAACAACGAGAAGCUACUGGAGAACCCGUACCUUCAGAUGCGAGGCAUCCUGCAAGACACCCCCGAUGCGCUGCACCUCACCUCCUGAAUCCUGAUCCCCUCAACCCCUCCUAACACUCGAGCAGCACUAAGUAUCAGAAUAAUGAAGUGAACUAGAUAAGGGGAUACAAGGGUUCUUAUGCUAGUUUCUUGUACUCUCUAAGAGCAUGCGCCUGUCUAGCCUAUAACAACUGUUGGAAAUACCUCGAGAACUUCAGCGUUUCUGAAGUGUAACACUACACUUGAGGAAAGUCGUAUCGGGUACGCGAGUCAACGGAGGUUACACGAGGAGGUUGGACGAAAGAAUACGUAAGGGUGAAGGAAUUCGAAGGGUCGCAACCGGAGGUAGCGAUUGACCAUUGCGACUGCAAGGGUGGUAACCGAGCCGACAAUCGAGUCGCUGUGCGACUCGAUAACUGUUCCUUCAACUGUAUUCU